UAGCCGAGUUCCCCCAGCCUCCCGGUGCCACACGCUGGGCUGAGGUUACGGCUCACUUCGCUGCCAGGCUGGGCGCACAGGGCCGGCGGGUGGUGUUGGUCACGUCUGGCGGCACCAAGGUCCCACUGGAGGCGUGGCCCGUGCGCUUCUUGGACAACUUCAGCAGCGGGCGGCGCGGUGCAGCCUCCGCUGAGGCCUCCUAGCCACCGGCCACUGGGUUCUGUUCUUGUAUCGCGCUCGCUCUGCCUUCCGCUAUGCCCUCCGCUUCCCACCCCAGACUUGGCUGUCGGCUCUGCGGCCUUCAGGCUCGGGCCAUUCAGGCUUGCUGAGCCUGGAGGUGGAGGAGAAUGGACUCCCGGGUUUUGCUGAGGCUCUGCGGAGCUACCAGGAGGCUGCGGCUGCAGGCACCUUCCUGGCGGUAGAGUUCACCACUUGGGCGGACUAUUUGCAUCUGUUGCAGGCUGCGGCCCAGGCACUCAGUCCGCUAGGCCCUUCUGCGAUGUUUCACCUGGCUGCGGCCGUGUCAGAUUUCUAUGUUCCUGUCUCUGAAAUGCCUGAACACAAGAUCCAGUCAUCUGGGGGCCCACUGCAGAUAACAAUGAAGAUGGUGCCAAAAAUGCUUUCUCCUUUGGUUAAAGAUUGGGCUCCCAAAGCGUUUAUGAUUUCCUUUAAGUUGGAGACUGACCCCUCCAUUGUAAUUAGUCGAGCUCGGAAGGCUUUGGAAAUUUAUCAGCAUGAAGUGGUUGUGGCUAAUAUCCUCGAGUCACGACAGUCCUUUGUGUUCAUUGUAACCAAAGAUUCGGAAACCAAGUUACCGCUAUCAGAGGAAGAAAUAGAAAAAGGCAUAGAGAUAGAAGAGAAGAUAGUCGAUAAUCUUCAGUCUCCACAAACAGCUUUUAUAGAUGACAAAAACUGAAGUAAAAAGC